UCACGACUUUCGGUGACAGCUUCGAAAUCUUUUACUAUUGUGUUGGAGAGUAGAUUUAGUCUAGCAACUUUGACAAUAGCGGCAUCUUUUUUUUUUUGUCGACGUGCUGUGCUUGUGUGUAGAAAAGUUUCUUACUGUGUCAGCGUGUGUGUCUCUUUUUGUUUUCUUUACAAGUUUUGUUUUUCGUUUGAUUUCUUUCCACACUUUGAUCACAUCUUAGAUGUGCCUAUCAACAUCGCACAGCAUUGUGUACUUGGAACAUUUCUGCUGUUUUCCCAUGUGUCUUUUAUAAUGUGCACUUUUACCUGUGCUACUCAAGGCUGGAACACUGAUAGCACAACCUGCGCACAUCCAGAUUGCCAGGCUUGUUGUCUGAUGUAGGAUUGUGUUCAGUUCUCGUUUAGUAAGUCAAUUCUACUUUUGCUUUCAACUUGGCAAGUCUUUAAGGAAAACAACAACAGUGAGGAUGACUUCUUACUAUGGCAUUGGCAUUAUGUCUGGCACAUCACUAGAUGGCCUUGACAUGUGCUAUGCUGAGUUUACUGGGGAUCCAGAGACAGACAUCUGGGGUUAUAGAAUAGAGCAUGCUGUCACAGUCACAUACAGCAAAAACAUGCAAGAGAGACUUGGCAAAGCCACAACAUUAUCAGGGAUUGACUUAGUCAAGCUUCACAUAGAUUACAGCCAUUUUGUAGGUCAGUGCUUGGAGAAGUUUAUUGAAAGCAGAAAUCUAAAACCCGACUUCAUAUCAUCCCACGGACACACAGUGUUUCAUCAGCCUGACAAGGGAAUAACAUUCCAACUUGGAGACGGUGAAGUCAUUUCUUCUUACAUCAGAUGUCCCUUUGUUUGUAAUUUCCGAUCUAAAGAUGUGUCAAUGGGAGGUCAAGGGGCACCAUUGGUCCCUUGUGGAGAGAAAUUUUUAUUUCAACAGACAGAUUUGUGCAUCAACCUUGGUGGAAUCGCAAAUGUUGGUUGCAAGGGUGACAAAGGCUUUGAUGUCUGUCCAUGUAAUAUGGUGUUGAAUCGUCUGACCUCGCUAUAUGACCCUAGUUUACAGUAUGAUAAAGGGGGAGAAAUUGCAGCAACUGGAAAAGUCCUACCAUCCAUCCUGGAAAAACUGGAUGAAUUGGAUUACUAUAAACAGACAGGCCCAAGAUCUUUGGGAUACGAAUGGAUAUCUAAUAAAGUUUUUCCAAUACUGAAUCCUCAAGAGCAUCCCAUCCCUGACCUGUUGAGAACUUUUGUGGACCACAUUACAGAUCAUAUCACAAGCUGCUGCAUCAAGGCCAUCAAUAAACCUAAUGGUUCCGUGUUAGUCACAGGAGGGGGUGCUUUCAACACAACUCUUAUGCUGGACUUGAAGCAGAAACUCUCAAAACAUAACAUUAAGGUUGUUGAUGCAGAGGAUGAGAUAGUCGAAUACAAAGAAGCUCUGAUUUUUGCAUUUCUUGGACUUCGCUCAUUGCUCAACAUGGAGAAUGUCUUCUGUUCUGUGACAGGCAGCAAGACAGACUGUGUUUCUGGCAGCAUACACCAUGGCACCACUUGCAACAGCACCCCAAGCUUGCAGGACAGAUUUAACUUCAUGAUCCGCAAGAGGAGUCUGGGUGUGAAUGAGUUGAGGAUUAUAAGAGAGAAGUAGUGUGACAAUGUAGAGCACUGCUCCAGUAUCUAAAUCUAUGGGGUUUACAUAGCAUUGAUUCACUACACUGCUCCAGUAUCUAAAUCUAUGGGCAUUGAUUCACUAUCAGUUGUGUCCUACAAGGUAUUCAUUCAGAACCAGUGUCAUUAUUAGUGUCCAUUGAUUCAGCAUCAUUUGUCUUACUAUGUAUUAAUUCAGUAUCAUUAAACUGUCUUACAAGGUAUCACUAACUGUUUGUCUUAAGAAAUAUUCUUUCAGUUUGUUUAAUGUUUCUGUCAGGAGAAUAUUUAUUUUAUCUUUUGUUCAUCAUUAUGUGUUUUUACAAUGUAUAAUUAACUGGUGCUUCAUAAAUAUAGCCUGUCUAUCUCAUCAUUGACAGUUGCUUUUUUUUAAGAUAAAAUACAGUUGACCCUUAAUAGCCUGAUGUUUACUGGACCUGGUCAGAUUAAUAAUGGUUAGUUGUUCUUGUUAGUUCAAAAAUUUUACCCAUAUAUGUAAAUAAUAUUUAUGACAUACAAUAAUAAGAUCUUCUCUUAGACUUUCAAUGGUAUAAAAUAAGCAAAAGACAAAAAAGAAACACUUUGUUUUUCUUAAAAAAAAAUUUUACUUGGGAAUAUUCACUGGAUUUUUUAUUCUGUGUGGUCUUCAAUACAUUUCACAAACUGUUCUAUUAUCUCCCUAUUUUUCCAUAGUGUCAUAAACAGUAGGUCCCUGAUGCUAUAAACAGAAGAAAUGGCAGUUUUGCCACAGUCAUAUCUUUUAUAAUUUCUCAGGAGCAGAUAAUGGUUAUACUUAUGUUUCUUCACCAUCAUACAAGACACAACAAAAACUUCAACACAAAAAUAAUCUGGCAGCUUAAGUAAACUAAUACAUUUAGUAAUCACAGAAAGGCAAUCCAAAAUGUAUCAGCACUUAAGAAGAAGCAUAAGUAGAUGAAGCAUACAUUGUUGUCGCUGUCAGAUAGACUGAGUGCAUUGGAUUAAAAAGUGACUAUCAAGGGUCAACUGUAACCUACUUUUAAGGCAUGAGAAGAAUGACUAUUUUUUUAUACUGAACAAACAAAACAAAAAACAAUAUGGUAUUAUUUUGUUUAAUAAGAAUCCAUUUGAAUGCUUUUAAAAGUCUACAAACCCCCCCACCCCCCAAAUUCUAAAUGGUUUUAUUAUGAAAUAUUGACUUCCAAUGUUAAAGAUGUAUGUAUACUAUGGCAUUUUCAGAUAUUAUAAUAUUUUUGUAAUGUAUGUACAUCACAACAAGAGAAUAAAUUAUCUUAUCAGUAUCUAGAA